AUGACCACACAACUGGAGGAUGCAAUGGACACCUUGAUCAAGAUUUUCCAUCACUACUCUGGCAAAGAAGGAGACAGAUAUAAGCUCAGUAAAGGAGAACUCAAGGAGCUUCUCACCAGUGAGCUCACUGACUUCCUUUCAGGCCAAAAGGACCCCCUCCUGGUUGAAAAAAUUAUGAAUGACCAGGAUUCCAAUAAGGACAAUGAAGUGGAUUUUAAUGAAUUUGUAAUUCUGGUUGCUACUUUGACUGUGGCAUGUAAUAGUUUCUUUGAAGAACAGCUAAAGAAAGAGGGAUUUUAA